AUGGUGAAAAAGAACCCGAACCCGUACCCGAAAGUGCCAGUACCCGUUCAGAACGAGGAGAUCGACUGGGAGAUGAGGCCAGGUGGCAUGCUUGUCCAGAGGCGAGAAGACGGCGAUGACGCCUCUGCUGCUUCUGCCUCCGCCUCCUCCCGUGGGCCCAUGAUCAAGAUCGACGUCGUCCACGGCCCAGCCCACCAGGCCCAAUACGAGCUCUUUGUUCCUGCUCACUCCACUUUCGGGGAUGUGAAGAUACAUCUUGCACAGAAGACUGGUUUGGAGCCAAGUGCGCAGAAGCUCUUUUUCAGGGGGAAAGAGAAGGAGGAUGAGGAGCAGUUGCACAUUGCGGGUGUGAAGGAUAAUUCCAAGGUUCUGCUUAUGGAGGACCGGAAACCCGAAGAGAAGAAGGUUGAGGAGUUGAAGGAAAGCAACGCUGGAGAGGUUGGAGACAAUAGCAAUGCUGAUGAGAUUGGAGUCAAAAGCAGUGACAUGUCAAAAGCUUUUCAAGCGAUUGCUGAAGUCAGAGCUGAGGUUGACAAGCUCGCGGAUAGGGUUGCUGCCUUGGAAGUGGCUGUUGGCGGGGGCACCAAGGUUUCCGAUAAAGAAUUUGCCAUAUCAACAGAGCUGCUCAUGAGACAGUUGCUGAAAUUGGACGGCAUUAAAGCAGAUGGGGAAGCAAAAAUGCAACGGAAGGCAGAGGUACGACGUGUCCAGCACUUUGUGGAUGCACUGGACACUCUGAAGGUGAGGAACAACAAUCCUUUCAACAACAGUAGCAAUGCUGCCUCAGUAACAACCAAAUGGGAGACCUUUGACUCUGGUGUGGGAUGCCUGAGUGCCCCAACCCCAAUGCCAUCUUCAACAGAAGUAAAUCAGGACUGGGAACACUUCGAUUAG